UUAUUCUUACAUCACAGUUACAACUUUAUUUGUGGUACAGGUUCGGAGCUACGUCUGUCCGUUGGCUCGUGCCUUAUAGUUUGCGUAACUAACCUCUACGAUCGAGGUUUGCUGCUGGUCUCCAAUAGUGAUUAGUGAGAGCGAGGAUGGCGGGUGUAGUUCGUCUGCAAGGGCUUCAGAGGCUGAGAAACGCGUUGACAGGUGUAACCUCAAGACGCAGCAUAAAUUCCUCGUCAAAAAAAUGCGAAGCCAAGAGUCAGACGCAGUGUGCGGAACCCCCUAAGGAGAACUGGGUGAGCUACGGUUUCGAUCGAAACAGCAAGACCAUCGAUCGAAAUGUUAUGAAGCAAACAUUAUUUGUCACCGUCACCCUUUGCCUCGUUAUUGGAGGAUUUGGCUGGUCCUACUUGCCAGAUCCAUUGCUCAAGGACUGGGCGCAACGAGAAGCGUACCUUUUACUUCGCUAUAGAGAAGAGAAUGGACUUCCUCUGAUUGAUCGCAACUUUAUUGAUCCUGCCAAAAUCAAACUUCCAAGCGAUGAGGAACUGGGCGACACAGAGAUCAUCAUUUAGAGAAUAAGUCAAUCAUGUUAAUUUUCUCCUUGGAACUGCAUGUUGUUGCAUACGAUAGUUGAUAUUAUUUAGUGUAAAGCGUUACCGCACACCUGGCGAACAGCAAACUGUAGAUGUAUAUUAACUUACGAUACUAAAAAACUUACACUCCGAGCAAACUGCUACUAUACAGUCUUCAUAUUCACCAGCAGAUAACAAUAAAAUUUUGCGUACUAGCGA